GAAAAGACACAACGAUGGUCGACAGCGAGACUUGUUUUUCAUACCGCCCAGUAUCCAGACUAUACCAGCUAGCAAUAUCUGUUCGUCCAAGAGUUGAAGUAGCACAUGGCUCUUGCAAGGCGACUCGUAUCGCCAGCUAUUCUUCGCAUUCUAUCACAGUCGUGAAUUCAACAAAAUUUCUCCCCCUCGGACGAUCAUCAAUACAUCUCGUAAACGUGCAUCGUACCUGGGUCAAUAAAGUCAUGGAUCGCCACAAUUACCCCGCAAUUCUCCGCAUAUACCUGCCACCGGACUUCCAAUACUUGAAAAUCUUAAAUGUCCCCAUUACGGGGUAGAAUUGUACCGAAGUCUCGUUGAAGCUACAUAAGUUACACUCAGACUUGUCAUGUAAUGUCUAUCAUGGUGCAUUCUUUUCACACAGUACAAAAAUGUUGUCUCAAAUCUUCCUCACAGCAUUAAGUUUCCCCCUUUUGGCAUCCUCCUAUUCUUCCACUGCGGUAUCUCUUGUUAAGGAGAAAACAUGCGUCGUAGAGGCCAACGCCAACGGCGGCGAUGAUGCACCAGCAAUAAUUCGCGCCUUCGAAGAAUGCGGCCACAACGACGGAAUCACCACCCACGGGACCGUCGUAUUCAAAAACGCAACCUACAACAUUCAUACCGUCAUGAACACGACUGGUCUAUCCAAUGUGAAAGUUGAUCUUCAUGGUACACUACUGUGGGAUACCAACAUUCCAUAUUGGCUAAACAAUUCUCUUCCUGUAGGUUAUCAAAAUCAAAGUAGUGCAUGGCUUUUUGGAGGCGAGAACGUUCAUUGGGAUGGUCAUGGCUAUGGAACAUUAAAUGGAAAUGGAGAGGUUUGGUAUGAAUUCAUCAAUGGGACGAAUAACUAUCCGGGGAGGCCUCAUCAGAUUACAUAUACAGGUGUUACGAAUUGUGUAUUUGAAAAUUUAAGAUUUGUGCAGAGUCAGAUGUGGACGAUGACUCUUAUUCACGCAAAGAAUAUUUUGUUGGAGAAUAUUUACGUGAAUUCUACGGAUGUAAGACCGGUUGGGUUUGAGUUUAGUAGUUUAAAUACCGAUGGUGCUGAUACUAUCUAUGCGGAUAAUAUCACCUUCCGUGGCUGGACGGUAGACAAUGGUGAUGAUUCCAUCUCUAUGAAAGCCAAUUCUACCAAUAUUCUCAUUGAAGACUGUGAUUUCUACACGGGGCUUGGCGUAGCCAUCGGGAGUAUUGGUCAAUACCAGGACAGAUAUGAAGUAAUUGAAAACGUCACCGCUCGUAAUAUUCGCUCUUACAACAUGCGAUAUGGAGUUUACAUGAAAACCUGGACUGGAGUAUCCACUGGAUACCCUCCGAACGGAGGAGGCGCCGGUUUGGGCCACGCAACCAACCUUUCAUUCACCAACUUCACACUUCAUGAUAAUACUGGUAUAAUUGCCGUAACUCAGUGUACAUCCUACAAUUCUGCAACUGGGAAUUGCGAUACCUCACUAUUCAACCUUUCCAACAUAACUUUCGCUUCAUGGAGCGGUACAGCGACUAGCGAUGUGGUAGCAGAGCUACAGUGUAGUGGUGCCGCGCCUUGCACGGGUAUUCUGAUAGAGGGUAUGGAAGGUAUUUUGGAUACCGUGAACAACACAAUACCAGCGCAGUAUCUUUGCGAUAGUGUUGUAGAACCUAAGGGAUUCAAUUGUACGGGUGCGCCAUUUGGAGAAAACCCUAGAUAGAAUGCCUGGGAGAAGUGGGCUAGACGAAUAUAACAAUGAAAUGAAUGAUGGAAGGUGCAACUCAUUGCUUACAUCGCGUGCGCUUCUUCCUUCUUAAAAGAAGACUCCUUCACAAAGGAUAGAUAGCCCUUCUUUCCCUUGGAAAUUAAAAAGAUGACCAAAAUUGAUGUGGAAGGAAAGAGUCAUCAAUGCUACUACUGUUUGUGUGCAUCAAGUUAAUUUUACACCCA